CCUUUUCCCAGCCUCCUUUGAUUGCAUUCUGUCUGUCCGGUCAGGUGACGCGCGUUCGAGCAGCUGUACAGCCUCACAGUCAUCACACUUUUCACAGGACCGACACGAACGGAUACGUCGACGUCGUAUUGUAGCCGACAUAGAAACUCGGUAGCAUACAGAAUACUGGGAGCGUUGUAAAAGAUCAUUCGGAAUGGGGGACCGCGGGGUUUUCUUGCUGUUGCUGGUUGCGACCUCGGCACUGGCGGUUGAGGUGCCGUCAGAGGAGGCUGCGGGAUUGCUGGCCGAGCCGCAGGUGGCGAUGUUCUGCGGCAAGCUCAACAUGCACGUCAACGUCCAGACUGGCAAGUGGGAGCUGGAUCCCUCAGGCACCAAGAGCUGCAUCGGCACCAAAGAGGGCAUCCUCCAGUACUGCCAGGAGGUGUAUCCAGAGCUGCAGAUCACAAAUGUGGUAGAGGCCAAUCAGCCGGUUAGUAUCCAGAACUGGUGCAAGAAGAGUCGCAAGCCGUGCCGAAGUCAUGUACACAUCGUGGUGCCCUACCGUUGCCUAGUCGGGGAGUUUGUGAGUGAUGCCCUGCUGGUUCCUGACAAGUGUAAGUUCCUGCACCAGGAGCGGAUGGACAUGUGUGAGAGCCACCUACACUGGCACUCCGUGGCCAAAGAGUCUUGCGGGGACCACACCAUGAACCUCCACAAUUAUGGGAUGCUGUUGCCCUGCGCAAUUGACCGUUUUCGCGGCGUUGAGUUUGUGUGCUGCCCGGUGGAGGCAGAGAGAGAGACAGACAGUGCCGACAUGGAGGAGGACGACUCCGAUGUGUGGUGGGGAGGUGCCGAGAACGACUACACCGAUAACAGUAUGGCUCGGGAGGCGGAGCCAGUGAAGCAGACAGAGGUGGAGCCUACAGCAGCAGAGGAUGAUGAAGACCUUGAAGAUGAAGAGGAGACUCUGGAUAAUGACCAGGAUGGAGAUGGGGAAGAAGAAGAAGAGGAGGAGGAAGAAGAGGAGGAGGAGGAAGAAGAUGAUGAGAUGAUUGAUGAGCGUGGUGACAAUGAGCAGACCACCAGCAUUGCUAUGACUACCACCACGACCACAACCACAGAAUCUGUGGAGGAAGUAGUCAGAGACGUGUGCGGGGCGAGUGCAGAGACGGGCCCAUGCCGGGCCAUGCUGCCCCGCUGGUACUUUGUGAGGGAAGAGGGCCGCUGUGCGCCCUUCAUCUACGGUGGCUGUGGAGGCAACCGCAAUAACUUUGAUUCGGAGGAGUACUGCCUGUCCGUCUGCGGCAGUGUGUUACCCACCACUUCACCCAUCUCCUCGGACGCCGUCGACCGCUAUCUGGAGACCCCAGCCGACGAGAAUGAGCAUGCGCACUUCCAGAAGGCCAAGGAGAGUCUAGAAGCAAAGCACCACGAGAGGAUGUCUCAGGUGAUGAGAGAGUGGGAGGAAGCAGAGAGGCAGUCUAAGAGUCUGCCCCGCGCUGACAAAAAGGCAGUCAUACAGCACUUCCAGGAGAAAGUGGAAGCACUGGAGCAGGAGGCUGCAAGCGAGAGACAGCAGCUGGUAGAGACCCACAUGGCCCGUGUUGAGGCCCUGCUCAAUGACCGCCGCCGCCUAGCACUCGAGAACUUUCUAACAGCCCUGCAGGCUGACCAGCCACGGCCACAUCACGUGUUCAUCCUGUUGAAGAAGUACGUGCGUGCGGAGCAGAAGGACAGACAGCACACCCUGAAACACUUUGAGCAUGUCCGCGUGGUGGACCCCAAGAAGGCAGCCCAGAUCCGUCCCCAGGUGCUGACCCACCUGCGUGUGAUUGAGGAGAGGAUGAACCAGUCUCUGGGGCUUCUCUACAAGGUGCCCGGUGUAUUGGAAGAUAUCCAGGAUCAAGUGGAGCUCCUGCAGCGUGAGCAGCAAGAGAUGUCGGCACAGCUAGCAUCGCUUCAGAGCGACGGCAGGGUGAGUUAUGGCAAUGACGCCCUGAUGCCGGACCUGCCUGACAGCACGGCCACACUGGACCUGCUCCCAUCCGAGGACACCCAGCACCUGGGCCUGGAUGGCCUGGGCUUCAUCCACCCUGAGAGCUUCAACCAGCCCAACACCCAGAACCAUGUUGAACCUGUCGAUGCUCGGCCAAUCCCCGACAGAGGCCUUCCUACGAGUCCAGUGUCUGGGCUGAAGCCGGAGGAAGUCCCUGAGCUGAGGAUGGAGGCAGAGGAGAGGCGCAGUGCCGGCUAUGAGGUGCACCAUCAGAAGCUGGUGUUUUUUGCAGAAGAUGUCAGCUCCAACAAGGGUGCUAUUAUUGGCCUGAUGGUCGGCGGUGUCGUCAUAGCAACCAUCAUUGUCAUUACCCUGGUGAUGCUGAGAAAGAAGCAGUACACGUCCAUCCAUCACGGAGUGAUUGAGGUGGAUGCUGCUAUCACUCCAGAGGAGCGCCAUCUCUCUAAAAUGCAGCAGAAUGGCUAUGAGAAUCCCACCUAUAAGUUUUUUGAGCAAAUGCAUAACUAAGGAUCCAUUUCCUAGGCUGAGUCCCUGACCCCUGAUCUCUAACCCCCACUACCUGUAACCCCACUCUGGACAGUGUAGGGAAGAGCUUACUUCACAUAGUCCACAGAUGAUUGGUCGCUUCCCCUGUCAAUCAAAAAGACUUGCAUCUUUCACUGGCUGUGGGGUGAGUUGGUCAACCCAUUGCUACUGCAACUCUAAUGCUACUGCAAGACCUUGGUUUUCUAGCGUGGCGAGGAAGUGCCCUUAAGCACUGAUUCAAGGUUAGGUCUUUUCCCUUCCUCGAUAUUGGCCAAACUUGGAUAGAGUUAGCUAAUCCAAGGUCUGUUUAAGGACAUUUACCAGAGUGUUCCCACACUGUCCAUUCCCACACUACUUCAACUGCUAAACACUGGGAUAUAAAGUUUAAAGACACUGCUGUCCCUCCCUCUCUCCUCAUCCCUCCGCUGUCCCUCCUUCUCCUCUCAUCCCUCCUUCUACAGUCACCUAUCCUGAUCGUCUCCCUUGUGCGCUUCGAUGACAGCUGUGCUGUGUUGGAUUAUGCCGGGUUAUAAAGGAUAAAAUCAUAAUGACGAUAUGAUUAUAGUGAUGAGAUUAAUCUACUCUUGAAUGAGCUCUUUAUUUUAAGAUUUUUUUAUUUUGGUUUGUUUUUCAAGAAAAAAAAGAAAAAUCACUGUAAAAAGGAGAAAGAUUAGAAGAAUUUUUUGUUGCGUCUAAUGUGUUGCCGUAAUGCAGGAAAAUUAGCUGUACCUAUUUAGUGCAUGAUGAAAAACAUGAAGAAAACUCUCUUCUGCUAUCUGAAUGGAUUCUUUCUCAUGUAGAGAUCGUCAUUUUAGCAGGGUUUAAACAUUUAGUAUCUUCUUGUGAACACGUGACUUAAAUUUCGGUAACGAGAAAACGGAUGUAGUCUAAUUGGCUUUCUGCUUUAUCAUGUAAACACAAUUUAAGGUCAAUGCUUUUUUUUUUUUUUUUUUUUUUUUUUUUUUUUUUUUUUUUUUUUUUUUUUUUUUUACUUUGCUGAGUUCCUCCAGUACCUGGGGGCUGGAUAAAUCUGCCUGUGUACAUUACAUGUCUUUACGUUUGAGAGUGCUUUAAUCCUAUGCAUUUCGGAGAUGGAUUUUGUUGCUCCCAUGACCCACUUUAUUUAAUUUCAGUCUCCAUUCUGAAAUCACGUGGUUAUGUGUUUUGUAAUGGGAUUUCCAGGGGCUGGGGCGUGGGUUUACCCAGAGGGUGGGUACAGUGGGGUUGGGAGGGGGGGGGCACAUUCACUGUGUGUAUUGUACGCGUGUUCUUUCCAGCCAGCUUUGUGUUUUUGUAUGGUCCCAUGUGCUGAUGUAAAAGAAAAGCAAAACGAACGUAAAAGAAGAAGCAAAAAAAAUUAAUGCCUCUUGCCCUCAGCCUCUCCUGGUUUUCACGCUGCACAGGGGCGUCAAAUGUUUUUUUUUUUUUUUUUUUUUUUUUUUUUUUCUCCUUUUCUUGUUCUCUCUCUGGAUUCUCACCUCUCGCUUCUGUAACUAUGGCAAAGUUGAGGAACAGGUGCAGCACUUUGGGCUGUGCUUGUGAUGUCCCUCCUAGCUCUACACGGUCUACAGGCACUCUUCUGUCUUUUGCUUCCCCUUUUUUUUUUUUUUAAAUUAUCGGGCUUAUUACAGGAUGUCACCCCGAAUGCCAGAUUGCGACCACGCGAGCCAGAUACUUGUCAUGCAUAUACGGGGUGCUUAGCAGAGCAGGGGAAUAUAGAACAGACAUGGCAAAGAGGGUAAUUGAACACUGAACUAAAUGAGAAACAGUGCAUGUGGCACAGUCUCAAUUCUGUUCCCCUGAUUUGGGGGGGGGGGGUGUAAUUAAUAUAAUGGCGCUGAUCUUGAAUGAGUGGCUGCUUGCUAAGAGAUGCUCUACUUCCAUGGUCAUGCAGUCUGAUCCAGGAUCAGGUCUAGCCUUUGCACAUCUGAUUUGGUAUAUUGGGUAGGGGGAUGUGCAUGGUAAGCAAGCCACUCAAAAGUCUCACCUAGCUCUUCUAAUGAAUGUGACAAACACUACACUACCCAUCUAGCAUGCAUAGAAAACGUUUGCACUGCUCUGGUGAGUGUCUUCAAACCAAAAAGGAGGAACGUGUACAAUUAAAAACCUCUUUUUCCCCCCUAUUUUUUCCUCUCAGUGAGCUGAUUGCAGGAUCUCUUAUAGCAGUCUCAUCAGGCAUGAAAAGACUGAUGCGGAAACUCAGCAGUGGCUGGUUAAUUACAUAGGCUAAAGCGGCUCUAAUUGCAGUUAUUUGAUCACAUCUGCAGAGGAAGCUGAGGAAGGCUUUAGGGAUGUGGGCAGAACUGCACUGUAGAUGCAGAGAAAGCAGGGUUUCUUCAUUUUCAUUUUCUGUGACUUUUUCUUCCUCUCUGUAACUGUAUGAAACAUUUGCUUUGACUGGGAAAACUAUGCUUUAUACACUGUAUUCCAUAAUAAAGUUUUGAAUGUACAUAGUU